AAGCUCACCCUCAGCUGGAUCUAAAGCCUUCCCGGCAUUGUGAGUCAGCCCGAGAGGGACAGGAAAACUGCUGUAUGGGCCCUGCUGCCAGCGUGACCUCACCUUCUCGGUGCCAGCUAUGAGUACCUGCAACUUCACACAUGCCACCUUUGUACUUAUUGGUAUCCCAGGACUAGAAGCAGCUCAAUUCUGGAUUGGCUUUCCCCUGCUUUCUAUGUAUGCUGUGGCAUUGUUUGGAAAUUGCAUCGUGGUCUCCAUCGUAAGGAUGGAGCGCAGCCUCCACGCUCCCAUGUACCUCUUUCUCUGCAUGCUGGCAGCCAUCGACCUGGCCUUGUCCACAUCCACCAUGCCCAAGAUCCUCGCCCUCUUCUGGUUCGACUCCCGGGAGAUCACCUUUGAUGCCUGUAUGACCCAGAUGUUCUUUAUUCACGCUCUCUCAGCCAUCGAGUCCACCAUUCUACUGGCCAUGUCCUUUGACCGUUACGUAGCAAUCUGCCACCCGCUGCGCCAUGCCGCAGUGCUCAACAACACAGUGACAGCCCAGAUUGGCCUGGUGGCUGUGGCCCGCGGAUCCCUCUUCUUCAUCCCACUGCCUCUGCUCAUCAAACGGCUAGCCUUCUGCCAAUCCAAUGUGCUCUCGCAUUCCUAUUGCUUGCACCAGGAUGUAAUGAAGUUGGCCUACGCAGACACAUUGCCCAAUGUGGUCUAUGGUCUUACUGCCAUCCUGCUGGUCAUGGGUGUGGAUGCCCUGUUCAUCUCUUUGUCCUAUUUUCUGAUUAUACGAACAGUUCUACAACUGCCUUCCAAGUCGGAGCGGGCCAAGGCCUUUGGAACCUGUGUGUCACACAUUGGUGUGGUGCUGGCCUUCUAUGUGCCUCUCAUCGGCCUUUCAGUGGUGCAUCGCUUUGGGAACAGCCUUCAUCCCAUUGUGCAUGUUCUCAUGGGUGAUGUCUACCUACUUCUGCCUCCUGUCAUCAAUCCCAUCAUUUAUGGUGCCAAGACCAAACAGAUCAGAACCCGGGUGCUAGCUACGUUUAAGAUCAGCUAUGACAGGGAGUUUCAGCCUGUGGGAGGCAAGUGACCCUUACCACUGCACUUAUUCUUACCUUUAAUGGCUUGAUAUAAUGAUUUCCUAAUGCUAGCUUGAUCUUAGUUGCCCAUAAACACAUCGGUGAUUUUCUCUGGUUUAGCUUCUAAAUACUUCCUCUGUUUGGGGUGAAAUUUUUGAGGCUGCCAUAAUUAUUUUCUAGGC